UACCAUUCGUUUAAAAUUAUCCAUUCAAUAAUUAUUAUAUUCAUGCUGUUCGUGCUGAUUGUUUACAAUGGGAAAUCUGUGAAGCAAAAUCAUGCCACUUGUGUGUACUGGUUACCUUGGAGUAAUUGCGAUGGCUGUGUAGUCAGGGUCAACAGGAUGCAAUCAUUUGUUUAGAAGAUCUCCUUUUACUCCUGUGAUGUUUCUUAAAGACAAGAAACCGAGUGGUGUGGGAGAGAGUGUGCUGCCCUGCAAGAGUCAGACAGCAGACAUCUGUACGACAACCAAGAGCAAUGACGUUUUGUGGUAUUUCAUGCUGUGUGUUGAGGUGGUUAUCUACAGUUCCUACACGAUCCUGGUUCACCUGUGUGAGGUGGAUGGGAAGAUUCCGUUCAGUUCGUCGUCCAUGGUUCUGUGUAUCGAGGUGCUCAAGAUUGUGAUCUCAGUUGUGUUGUACACACCCCACGUCAGAGUACAUGGACUACAGCUGCCUCCUGUCAGCUACUGUCUGCUGUUCACCCUCCCCAUUGUGAUCUCAGUUGUGUUGUACACACCCCACGUCAGAGUACAUGGACUACAGCUGCCUCCUGUCAGCUACUGUCUGCUGUUCACCGUGCCCGCGCUGUUGUACUGCAUCAACAACAACAUUGCCGUCCACAUGCAGGUCGACAUGGACCCAACCACAUACCAGGUGUUGAGUAAUUUGAAAAUUGGAACAACAGCAGUACUAUAUAGGAUUGUUAUUAAGAGAAAAUUGUCUUCCAUGCAGUGGUUUGCUUUGUGUCUGUUAACAGUGGCUGGCAUAUUGGACAGCUACGGUGGGAUCCACUCCCGAGAAGGGAAGUCAGCCGGUGAGAUCCACCUCACUAUACGCGGGCUGAUCAUGAUCAGUAUUUACUGCAUCAUAUCGGGUCUUUCAGGCGUCUACACAGAAUACGUGCUGAAGGCAAAUUUCCAGACGUCACUUCACCUUCAGAACAUUCUGCUGUACGUGUUUGGUAUAAUCCUCAAUGGCACCGUCUGGCUGCUGCAAACCUCGACCAACCCAGACUCUGAUGAGCCAUAUGAUUUGUUCAAAGGGUUUUCCUUGUAUACCUGGGUGAUAAUAAUAACACAGGCAUGUAACGGCCUGAUCAUGUCUGUGAUAAUGAAGUACCGCAGCAACAUCACGCGGCUCUUCAUCAUCUCGUGCGCGAUGCUGCUCACCACGCUCAUGUCGGUGAUCAUCUUCAACCUCAAGCUCAACGUCUUCUUCAUCACCGCCUUCAUCCUCAUCAUCGUUGCCCUCUUCCUCUACAACAUGUCGUGAUGAUGGUCAACAACCCAGAUUCAGUGAUCAUCUUCAACAUCAAUGUCUUCUUCAUCACCGCCUUCAUCCUCAUCAUCGUCACCCUCUUCCUCUACAACACGUCAUGAUGAUGGUCAACAACCCAGAUUCAGUGAUCAUCUUCAACAUCAAACUCAACAACAUCUUCUUCAUGAAUGCGUUCUUCCUCAUCAUUCCAGUCCUCUACUACAAGUCAUCAUGAUGGUGAAGAAGAACAGAGAUCUGAUUAUCAUCUUGAAGCUCAAACUCAAAGUCAUCUUCAUGAACAGGUCGUCCCACAUCACUCUAGUCCUCUACAACAAGUCAUGAUGAUGGUGAGAGAAGAACUGAGAUUCAGAGGUCAUCUUCAACCUUAAACUCAAAGUCAUCUUCAUGAACACGUUCUUCCUCAUCACUCUAGUCCUCUACAACAAGACCUGAUGACAUUUGUGAUGGUGGGGAACCUAAAUGUUACUGAGUUUGGGUUUUUGUACAGUUGCAAGUGCUGUACAGUGUAACCAGUAUAUGAGUUACGUGUGUAUUGAAGUCAUUCUCCUGAGUCCUUUACAAGGAGACAUGAUGAGGUCUCUUCAACCAGUCAUGAUAAUGGUGGGAGGAACCUAAAUGUUAUUCAGGGUUUUUGUACACAAGUCAUGAUAAUAAUGAUGGUGGGUAUCUAGAUGUUAUUGGGUUUGUUGUACACUUGCGGCCAUGACUGUGGGCAACUUAGAUGUCAUUGGGUCGGUUCUUUUAUACUUGCAGCCAUGAUGGUGGGUAUCUAGAUGUUAUUUGGUUGUUUUUAGUACACUUGUAGCCAUGAAGGUGAGAAUCUGGAUGUUAAUGGGGUGUGUGCACUUGUAGCCAUGAAGGUGAGAAUCUGGAUGCUAAUGGGGUGUGUGCACUUGUAGCCAUGAAGGUGAGAACCUGGAUGUUAAUGGGGUGUGUGCACUUGUAGCCAUGAAGGUGAGAACCUGGAUGUUAAUGGGGUGUGUGCACUUGUAGCCAUGAAGGUGAGAACCUGGAUGUUAAUGGGGUGUGUGCACUUGUAGCCAUGAAGGUGAGAACCUGGAUGUUAAUGGGGUGUGUGCACUUGUAGCCAUGAAGGUGAGAAUCUGGAUGUUAAUGGGGUGUGUGCACUUGUAGCCAUGAAGGUGAGAAUCUGGAUGCUAAUGGGGUGUGUGCACUUGUAGCCAUGAAGGUGAGAACCUGGAUGUAAAAGGGGUGUGUGCACUUGUAGCCAUGAAGGUGAGAACCUGGAUGUUAAUGGGGUGUGUGCACUUGUAGCCAUGAAGGUGAGAACCUGGAUGUUAAUGGGGUGUGUGCACUUGUAGCCAUGAAGGUGAGAAUCUGGAUGCUAAUGGGGUGUGUGCACUUGUAGCCAUGAAGGUGAGAAUCUGGAUGCUAAUGGGGUGUGUGCACUUGUAGCCAUGAAGGUGAGAACCUGGAUGUUAAUGGGAGGGUUGUACACCUGUAGCCAUGAUGUUACAGUUCCUCUUUCUACACUUGUACAUGCUAUACAGUAGCUUGUACCACAAGUAGGUGUCUGUGAAAGAGACUAGUAAGAAUUUUGUCAUUAGCAUAAUGUUUAGGACUGAUAGACUCCGAUAUUAUAGAGACCUUUUAACAACUAAAAUUAGACAGAUCAUACAUUUUUGUACCAAUGUUUAGAAUAUCAGUGUAUCUUAUUUCUCGUUCCAGCCAGUGCACCAUGAUUGGUAUAUCAAAAACUGUGGUAUGUGCUAUCCUGUCUGUGGGAUGGUGCAUAUAAAAGAUCUGUUGCA